AUGGAAGAUACAAAAGUGUUAAAUGAAGACAGUGACAACGAAUCCUCUGAUAGUAACGUGAUUAUACCAGUCGCAAAGCGUGUAAGGUGUAUGAUUAUACAUGAGAGUAGCGAAGAGGAAAGUACGACACGACAAUCAUGGAUUUGGCAAAAAGUAAAAAACACACCAAUAGUUCGGAAGUAUUCUGAUCAUCAUGGAAUAAAAGCGUCUGUCUUAAAUAAUGUAAGCGACAAUCCAAGAAUACUAAACCUGUUCUUUAUUACAUUUGAUAACAAGUUUUGGGAAAUCCUGGUUACGGAAACAAAUCGCUUCGCAGAUCAGACAAUACACGACGAGCUUAAAAAACGAGCUGUAUUAGAAACGCCAAUAUUUAGGCAAACGAUGCCUUUUAUGAGAUUUUUACAUUUUUCCGACAAUGAAACUGAUGAUAGUAAAGACCGACUUCGCAAGAUAAGACCUGUAAUUAAUUUUUGGAAUCAAAAAUUUAAAGAAAUUUACACACCCAAUGAAUAUGUUAGCAUAGAUGAAUCCUUGAUGAAAUAUAAAGGGCGUUCAGCGUACAAACAGUUCAAUCUGUCAAAAAAAGCUCGGUUUGGAAUAAAAAUUUACAAGUUGUGCGAGGCAACUACCGGUUUCUGUCAUGGUUGUAAAAUAUAUACCGACGAUAGUGCGUCGGAGAACGUUGUGAUAGAGUUGUCAAAGUCUAAUAAACGAAGGAUAUACUUUAUUCUUGGAUAA